GAAUGAUGACGCUGUCACGUGAUUCCAAUAUGUCGUCCUGUGAAAGAGUGUGAGUGACAACCGAAAUAUUUGGAUAAAAUUUGGGAACCAUUUGAUCUGGAAAAUUGUUGCGGUAAACCAGCUUCACGAUGACAGAGUUUUGGCUUAUAUCUGCCCCUGGGGAGAAGACUUGUCAACAGACCUGGGAGAUCCUCAACAAUGUUACUGCCAAACAAAAUAACCUCUCCAUGAACCACAAGUUCAACAUUCCUGAUCUCAAGGUAGGCACGCUGGAUGUUCUGGUUGGCUUAUCUGAUGAUCUGGGGAAAUUGGAUACAUAUUCUGAAAGCGUCACCCGGAAAAUAGCUCAGUAUUUGGGCGAUGUCCUGGAAGAACAGAGGGACAAGCUACAGGAGAACUUACAGGCUAAUGGCGUUGACCUCGUGACAUAUUUAACACGUUUUCAAUGGGACUUGGCCAAGUAUCCCAUCAAACAGUCCCUGAAGAAUAUUUCUGAGAUAAUUAGUAAGCAAGUUUCACAGAUUGAAGCUGAUUUAAGAACGAAGUCAACCUCAUAUAAUAACCUCAAGGGUAAUCUGCAAUCAUUGGAGAGGAAGUCGACGGGGAGUUUAUUGACAAGAAGCCUUGCAGACCUGGUAAAGAAGGAAGACUUCAUCCUGGGUUCAGACUAUUUGGUCACUCUCAUGGUUGUAGUACCAAAAGCAUAUCAACAUGACUGGCUGUCAAAAUACGAGUCUUUGGCUGACAUGGUUGUACCGAGAUCCACCAAACUGAUCACCGAGGAUGGUGAGAACUGCCUGUACACCGUGUCCCUCUUCCAACGGGUCGUGGAUGAAUACAAACAUCACUGUCGAGAAAACAAGUUUGUGGUGAGAGAUUUCACCUACAAUGAGGGAGAUAUUGCAGCAGACAAAAACCAACUUACCAAGUUAGAGGCAGACAAGAAGAAACAGUUUGGUCCUUUGGUGAGAUGGCUGAAGGUGAACUUCAGUGAGUGUUUCACAGCCUGGAUUCAUGUCAAGGCCCUGAGGGUAUUUGUAGAGUCUGUGCUCAGGUACGGUUUGCCAGUGAAUUUCCAGGCUAUGAUCUUACAGCCAUACAAGAAGUCCAUGAAGAGGUUAAGGGAAGUUCUAAACCAGUUGUACGGUCACUUGGACAAUGCAGGAUUGUCUGGCACAGAGGCGGGAGUGGAAAUCCCAGGACUGAAUAUUGGAGGCAGCGAGUACUUCCCUUAUGUGUAUUACAAAAUUGGAAUAGAUUUAAUAGAACCCAUGAAAGUGUAGCUGUACAUCUAGAUAUGUCUUACUAAUACUAGACACUGUAAUCAAAGCCAAUGUUAUCCUUGUUCUGUAGAUGCAAGUACAUGUAGGUGAGUGCUUACAGAAUAUAGCAGUAUUGGACAAGUUUCCUGAAGACUAGAUAGGUAAACCUCUGUAACCCAGACUAGAUUCUUACUUACGUGUGUAUACCUGCCUGCAUGUGGCUUUCUGAGGCACAUUCCAUAUAUCACAGAAUUUCUAUUUAUACAAAUUUACAAAAUACAAAUCCGAAAGCAGUGUUCAAAUGCAGUGUACCCUUACAUUGAGACCAUGGAGGUGCAAAAGAUAAUCUGUUCUUGAAAAUUGUAGACAUACACAAAAAUAAAAAAAAACUUGUUGAAAAGUAUAAUUUGGGACCAUUUGUUCUCCAGGAAUUUUAGAUUUUCAUAAAAAAUUGUUAAGCAUACACUGUAGGAAUAUCAUCAUGAGGUUUAAGAAAAAUAUUGUACAUUCACAUUUUCCUAGUGUUAAAUUAGCAAUUAUGUGCCAUAAAGACAAAGUUAGUAGAAUCUAGUCAGACUUGGGUACUUUUGAAAUGGAGUUCGGGCAGCACUCCCAGGAAAUUGUCUGUUUUGGCACUUUGUCCAGGAAGUAACAACAUGUUAGUGAUCAUUCUUUUUUAUUGAAGAUUUCUUUGAAACUAUAAAAUGAAAAUGUUUCUUUAAUGGAGUCUUGAUUGCCUAUGUGAUAUUUAAAACUGGUGAUUACCUAGCUGAGGUUCUUGUGGAAUUUUGUGUUUGUAAUACCUGAAACUAAUGAUAAUUCACCAUAGUUACAAAUGCACUGUGCAACAUGUUCAGGAAAGGUUGUUUAUUGAAAGGUAUAAAGUUUGAAUUUAGAAGCAAAUGUAUGAGAAGAUUAUUCAGAAACAGUUUGGUAUUCUCACACCAAUAAUGCCUGUACAUACAUGUAGCACAUAUGUUGUUUGUUAUGUACAUAUUUCAGUUAUCAUACAGAGCCUAUAAAUAAAGGGAGUGGAUGUUGAAAAGAUGAUUUUUCAGCUU